AUGGGUUUCCGUUCGUCUCUGCGCUCGCUCUUUAGCGAAUGUUUCUCUCUGGCAAUGAAAGAUUCUGACUAUGAGAAACAGAAACAGAAACAGAAACAAAAAAAGCAUUCCAGAAGAAGCAAAAAGUAUCCUCAACAAACACCAUGUCAUUGCAAGGCACGAAAUGAUUACAACCUUGGAACGCGAGGGCAGCAGCAAGGAAAUUAUCAUUAUAAGAGUCAGGGUCAGGGUCAGAGUCAGAAUCAGAGUCAGGAGGUUCGUCAGGCGUCAGGCGGUCUAACACAAGCUCGAAGAGUUAAUAGGCCUGACCUUGAGAACCCUCUGCCUGUGGUUCCACGUCAACGUCCCCCACAACACCAGUCUCCAUACCGGACGCCAAUACCCCUGCAGCAAGACGGAAGGCAAGUCCAGAAACCCGCAUCUGCACCAGAUGAAAUACUCUACCCGUUUGCGCUUGCGGAUAGAACAGGGAGCAACGAAGCCAUCAUCAUUUUGGACGACCGCUCAAUGAACUACGAGGCCGUAUGUGAAGUAAUCGACAUGAUAGCGCUUCGCUUCAGCCACAUCCCCUACGCCGUAAGCGGCAUGGCCGCCAUGGUCUACUAUGGCUACGACGCGAGGCCAUAUAAAGUGAGCAUGCUAUGCCCAGAGCACACGCGCGAGAACCAGAAAUGCUGGGCGAAAGCGCUGGGCAUGCUCCCUAUGCCAAAAAGACACGACAUCUGGGGAGUCUCGACGAGCGACGGCAUGCUACGUCAGAUCCGCGUCAGGUUCCCUUACGAUUUCGAGGAGAUGCACGUCUUAAAAGUCGGCAACUCAGCCGUCUCGAUGCUUUCGUUAGCGGGUCUGGCCGAUGAGCUGGCCAGAACGUACGUGAACGAACUCAAGCACUCAGACCAGGACCGCCAGGAGAAUCUCGCAAAUGAGAUGGUGUGGAUUCUCAACAGAAUCAUCCAGUGCAGGAUGACUGAGCACAUGCUCAGGCCCGAGAGGAUCCCUCACCUCAUCCAAGAGCGCUUCUGGGUACCCUUUUCGCUGGCCUAUCCUGAAGUGGUGCCUUUAUUUGCGAAAGCCGGAUGGAGGAUCCCCGAUGACGAAUUAUAUUGA